UUCUCAAACUCAUAUUAUAGACGGAGAUGUUGUCAAUUUUAUUAAAUUAUUAUCGACGGCUAGGCAAGCCGUCGAUUUUAUUAGAAUUUUAUAAAAUUGACAAGCUUAAUAGCGACCAGCCAUCUAUUUUCUCGUCGAUUUUUAAUAUUAUCGACGGCCUAGCUGUCGAUUUGACCGUCGAUUUUAACAAUGUUUCUUGUAGUAUCACUGUGUGCAAGAAGAAGAGAGACUACAGCAAGAUGAGACUGAAAGUGCUCACAUGGCUUCAUCUUCUCAGUAUAAAAGAAAGCGUGAUACUACUGCGGAUGUGCCUUCUCAGCAGAAAAAGGCUAAGAAAUAGGAUCAAGUUUCAGCAUAUUUCUUCUGUAAGAAGGGUUGCUUGUGGAGCCGACCGCCAAGUGAUGUUGAAAGAUACAUCUAUGUGGCAGACGGCAAUAUAAUUGCAGUCGAAGCUAUAGGAACCUUUAGAUUAUGUUCCACAAGUGAAUUUUACUUGGAUUUAUUAAAGACAUUUUAUGUAUCGUCAUUUAGACAGAAUUUGGUUUCUGUUUCUCGUUUGGACAAAUCAGGUUAUUUUUGUUCGUUUGGAAACAAUAAAGUCAGUCUCUUCUAUAAU